AAAGCUGCGGCCGAGCUGAGCGGCUCUUUAGACGGACGACGGAGCCAAACGAGACAACGCAGCGCAACGCAAAAAAAAAAGAAAAGAAAAAAAGCAAUAAAAAAGUAGUAAACGAGUUUUCCCUCCACCCAGAGAAUAAUUGGCAGCCAUGUCGUGCAAGUAUUCGUCAGCAAUUUUACUACUAUUCAGCCUGUGCCUGUUCCUGUUCCUGUUCUCCGGCUCCGUUGCCUCCACGGGCAUCUAUGCUAGAGUCAACAACGUUGUCUACACCAAUAAUGCUUGGCUCUCCAAUCAGCCAAUCGACAUCCGGAGCAGAUCUGGUGCCAGAGCAGUAAAACCAACUGAACAGGAUCAGCAAAAUCCGCAGCAAGACCCCCAAUUAACAGCUCAGCAGUCAUGGAAUAGUCAACGCAGUGCUCAACGUCCCGAAACAUCUGCUGGUACGGUUAAUCUAGUCCCGAAGACGCAAUUGCAGCAGCCAAAUUCAGCUCCAGCUCUAGCUACCGCUCCAGCAGUCACUGUGCUCGGCGUUGAUAGACCAAAUCAGGCAUCUGUCCAGCCAUCCAGUUCGUCGAGUCCCACCCGUCCACCAGCGCAUUAUAACUACCGCGAACGCUUUAGCUCCAAGCUCUUUCAGCCAAUCGCACGCAACAAUGCGCGAAAGAAUGUGGUCUUCUCCCCAGCAUCGAUGCAUUCCAUGCUGGGCUUGCUCUAUAGCGUUUCUAGUGGCCAGACCAGCGACGAACUGCAGCGAGCGGGUAAUUUUGACAUAGGUAAAAUUGAGGUGGCCAUGGACUUUAAGAAUGUCGAUCAGCAGCAUAAGAAGCUGGUGAACACGCGGCUGAUUGUGGCCAAUAAGCUGUACUACAAUCGUGAGCUGUCCGCACCGAAUGAUAGGUAUGAAGCCUUUGCACUUGAAUACUAUAAUUCCGAAAUUGAGGCGGUCGAUAUGAAGAAGCCCCGGAAUACGGCAGCAGAGAUCAAUCAAUGGGUGUCUCGAGCGACGAACAAAAUUAUAAGAGAACUGGUCAGUCCGAGUGAUAUUGAUGAGCAGACGGAGGCCAUGAUGGUUGAUGCCAUCUAUUUUAAGGCGCGCUGGGCCAAUGAGUUCUCCGCAAUGGACACCACACCGGCGAAGUUCCGCCUGAAUGGGGUCACGCCCAUUACGGUGCCCAUGAUGUAUAACGAUGAUAUCUUUGCCUAUGCACAGCUCCCGGAACUGGAUGCGACAGCGCUAGAGUUGCCUUAUGUGGACAACGACGCGUCCAUGCUUCUGAUUCUGCCCAAUCAGCCAAAUGGCCUGGCGCAGCUGGAACGGAACUUGGCAAGUACCAAUCACGAUCUAAACGCAAUUGCCGCUAGAUUGCGCCGUGAAAUGGUCACGGUGCGUGUGCCCAAGUUUCGCAUUGAGUUCGAGCAGGAUAUGUCGGGACCGCUGCAGGAGCUGGGCGUGCGUCGCAUGUUCACCAAACAGUCGGAGGUGGAUGCGAUGCUCAUGCAACCGGUGCGUGUCUCCAAGGUACUGCAGAAGGCCUUCAUCGAUGUGAACGAGGCGGGUUCCGAGGCGGCUGCCGCAUCUUAUGCCAAGUUUGUGCCUCUCUCGCUGCCGGUGCAAUCGCUCGAGUUUACUGCCGAUCAUCCCUUCCUAUUCGCCAUACGCACUCCCGAAACGGUGCUCUUCAUCGGUCACGUAGUGCAACCGCUCCAGGCGACUAGGAGCCAAUAAAUAUCAAGACACACCCCUUUUCCCCACCACCAUGUAAGCCGCUUCAAUGCGGCGUCCCUAGCCCCUAAGUUAAGUGUACGCAUUUGCUACUUUUAAUACAACAUACUCGUAAUUUUUACUUAUAAUACAUCUUGAACUUUUUUCAACAUAUAUUCGUAA